AUGAAGGCCUCUCAGAUGUUGAUCGUGGCGGUGGCUGCCUUGGGGUUUGCUUCAGAAGCCUUUGCUCAACGAAACUUUGGAAACAACGACGACGACGACGACAACCAAGGUGGCGGCACAGAUGUUGCUACUGGAAACGGUGGCAAUACCACCGAUACUACCGGCGGUGACACUGGUGAUGACGACGGCGACAACCCUCUUCUGUUGCUCGAAGAAAAUGUCCAGGACGCCAGCAACUCACCCGGUGGCGCUGAUGGGGAAGCUGGUCAAGCCGCUUCGGAAACUGACCCUGCCAACUUCAUCAACUUCUGUACUGGCAAGACCUUAACCAACGGUGCUCAGGUGACCCAAGGAUCUUGCAACGGCGUGGUUAUGGGCGAUAUUCCUUCCAACAACAACAUGGUUUCGGCCAUUAUUGUCUUCCCAGGACCCGGAGAUGAUAUUGACGCCGACACUACCUUCGACAUUCAAGUUCAGACCACCAACUUGGUGGCUGGUUCCUUUACCGAUCCCAUCACCACAUACUACUCUGCCCCUCAGCAGUUACAAGGUGGUAACGUUGUUGGCCAUUGCCACGUUACAGUCCAGGAUCUCAACAACGAUAUCGCCACUACCGAUCCUCCUGAUCCAAAGGUCUUUGCCUUUUUCAAGGGCAUCAAUGAUGAUGGAAAUGGUCAAGGUCUCCUCACAGCUACUGUUACCGAUGGUCUUGCUGCCGGUACUUACCGUGUCUGCACAAUGAACAGCGCGUCUAACCACCAGCCUGUUCUUAUGCCUGUUGCCCAACGAGGUGCCCAGGAUGAUUGCCAGAAAUUCACUGUCGGCCAAGGCACCGGUAACGCCGGUGGCGACGAUGGCACUGGAGAUGCUACCGACACCGGAGAUGAUGCUACUGCUUCAACGUCGGCUACCGGAGCUACUGCUACGGAUGCCACUGGUGGCACUGGAGACACAGACGACGACGAUGAUGAUAACACUGGUGCGGGCGGUGGAGGUUUUCGAGGAAAUCGUGGACGAUUCGGUCGAGGAAGAGGAAGAGGAAGAUUUGCUGCACGAGACUGGAUUGCAUAA